CGACAACUCUGCUGUUGGACCCUGGCGUUUGAGUUUUUGUGGUUGUGAGGAAUCUGUCGGCCUCUGGGAAUCUAAUGGCCACCAGCAUCCUGGAGAUGUCAGAAAAGCAUAUAAUUUGGAUUAUAUUCACUUGGUUGUCGUAGUGGCCCAGCGUUAAUCUCGGAAACAUCAAGUUAUGAAAGGGGGAGCUGCUUGCGCCUGCUAACCCCGUUUAAGCUAGCUCUCUUCAGUAACAAACGUCAGUCAUAUCGGUGGUUUGGAAUCAACCCCUCUGAGGUUGAAUUAGCUUAGCUGAGUGUCUUUAUAUUGCCUAGGACGAACUGUUCUGAACGAUUCUCAUCUGACAAUCCAACCAGGACCCAAACCGGCACUCCAUCACCCGGGUUCGGAUUCCUGACCGCUGUAAAGCCUCUCAGGCAGCACUUGGACCAACCGUCAUAUUGGAUUCUCUGGGUUUUUGGCAGCCCAUACAAUUUACACCACCAGUGUCCUAACCACAUGGAGAAUAUGAUCAUCAUUCUGUCCAUCAAGACAGGGGAUUGAAGGUGGGAAGUAGGGGAUGUUUUCAAUGUCCAAUGAGGAGACUAAACUUUAAAGGCCUGAUGUAAAACUUUUGUCAGGAAUCUCUAUUUUUCCUGCUCCAGAAGCCAUUUUUCCUAAUUUUGUUGCAGUUGUUUUAGCCUAUUACUCAAGAAAGGCAGCAUCAUUUUAUGGAACAGGUAAUGUGUUAUCCAAGCCUCUGUUCUGUCUGAAGGGGAAACAAACAGAAGGAAGUUCCUGGAGAAGAGGACAAAGAGAAAAAGACACCCAUACCUGGAAGGCUGAUUGUUACAUAACCAACAGCCACGUUCAAGCACGGUGUAACAAAGACCCUCAUCAGUGACUGCUAUAAUUCUGUUACAUUGCUGCUUGAAAUAAGAUAAUCAUCAUGCUACUGCUGUGGGUCAUCACUGAGUGUAAAAAAACUCAGCAACUGCAUGUGCAUGGAUACCAAUGGAUGGUCUGCUGGAUUUAGCUCUGAGUGUUUUGGAGAAAAGCACUCAGUCGUUUCUUCCUUUUUUGCCAUUAAAUCAGCUUGGGGAUGUAGCUGGCAGGUGAGGUGGUUUCAGUUGGCCACCGCUGGGGUUUAGGGAUGUCCCGACACAGGAAAACCAGAUUCCUCUACUGGCCUGAGUCCAGACUGCUCUGUCUAAUACACGUCCUGGACUGAAGAUUUGUUUCCCCUUCAACACAGUAAAAGUGGAUUGACAUUGUUUUUAUUUGCAACAGCUUUGUUACACUGCCUGAUGGUUUUUUCUGAACAUUUUACUAUUUUAAACAAACUGGAUGCCGAUGUCUAGAGCCACUUCUCCAAUCUGAAGAAAGCUACAGAGAAAGGACAACGGUGACCUCAGCAAUCACCAUCAAAGCAUUCCUCUUCUUUCUUUGUUUCUGCCUCAUUAGAUUUUUCCCUCUCUUACUAUAUCUCCAGUCUUUACCAGAACAGGUCUACCUCUGCCUUCAUACCUCAUACUGUUCCUAUUUAAGACCAAUCAAGCUGGAUCUGUCCACAUCAGGGUGAUGAUUUGUUUGAUUCUUACAGCAGCAAACCACUAUACAACUUGCAGUCUUUGAAUGGAAAGGUCCAAAUACUUUUUCAACAGGCAUUUUAUUGCACUAUAAAAUUUUUUGCCAAUCCUGUGAUCAGUUGCAAACCAAGCCCUUUGAGUCCUUUCUACUGUUUUUGAAAAAGAACCUGUCAAAAGAAUAGUUUUUAAUGGGCUUGUUCUCAUCAACAACACAGUUUUGGGCAAAUACACAAAUUCCACUCUGUUUGAGCCUCUGUCUUUUGGAUAAUCAGUGGCUUAUGCCUUCCCAACAGUUUUCUGGGACUAAUUUGGAAACAAGGCAUUCGCAGCAGGCAGACUAAUAAGCCUCACUUUAACUGCCACAUGUGGAAGAAAAGAAGCAUCUGCUCUGGUUUUCAUGACGGUUGCAGUUCUGCCUGAAGAACAGAACCCUCCUUACUUUUGUAUUUGGCCUGUACCUGUUUUUAUUCUAGUGUCAGUUUAUCCCUUUUGCUCCCACAUUGGAACGUUGAUGACAGAUUCCUUAAGUUAGUGGUUGGUGAGCAAAAGUACCAAUCACAGCACAUAGGAAGUGAUGCCAGGUAGCAGUAGUAAGAGUGGAGGGCGGGGUCCAUCCUCAUCGCCUCUACCACAUGCUAUGGUCCCACCCAGCAGACCCCUGAGACCUUCCCGCUACGCUCCAGUUUCAGCAGCCAUCUUCUUCCUUGUUGGAUCCACCACGCUUUUCUUCUGCUUCACGUGUCCGUGGCUUUCAGAGCGUUUCUCUGUCACUGUACCCAUCUACAAUGGUGUUAUCUUCCUGUUUGUGUUGGCUAACUUCUGUAUGGCCACAUUCAUGGACCCUGGCAUCUUCCCAAGGGCAGAGGAAGAUGAGGACAAAGAGGAUGAUUUCCGUGCUCCACUCUACAAGACUGUGGAGAUCAGGGGGAUCCAGGUCAGGAUGAAAUGGUGUUCAACCUGUCGUUUCUACAGACCACCGCGUUGCUCCCACUGCUCGGUCUGUGACAACUGCGUGGAGGAAUUUGACCAUCAUUGUCCAUGGGUGAACAACUGCAUCGGCAGGAGAAACUACCGCUACUUCUUCCUGUUCCUGCUGUCUCUGACGGCUCACAUCAUGGCUGUGUUUGGGUUUGGCCUGCUCUUUAUUCUUUACCACCGGCAGAACAUUGACCACCUGCACUCCAUUGUUACGCUGGCUGUAAUGUGUGUUGCAGGCUUAUUCUUCAUCCCUGUUGCAGGGCUCACUGGCUUCCAUGUAGUGCUCGUGGCCAGGGGCAGAACAACCAAUGAGCAGGUGACAGGAAAGUUUCGAGGGGGAGUGAAUCCUUUCACUAAUGGCUGUUGGAUGAAUGUUUCUCAUGUUCUCUGCAGCUCCCAGGCACCCAGGUAUCUGGGCAGGAAGAAGUGUGUGCAGAAUGUGAGCCUGCAGCCUCCAUUUCUGCGGCUACAGCUCACUGACACUCAGCUGGCAGCUAAGAUCCUGGACAAUGGCAUCCAGGGAGACCUGCACAGGUCCAAGUCCAGUCUUGAGAUGAUGGGAAGUCAGUCAUGUGACGCUGAGCCUCCUCCUCCUCCUAAACCAGAGCUGCGUUACCCUGGAAUCAGCCAUAGGAACGCGGAAGGUAAAGUGAUCUCAGAGUGCAGCCUGCUGAGCAAAGCCCCUCCCACCCCCACCAUGUACAAGUACAGGCCCACCUACAGCCCAGGAAAGAACCACACGACACUCACUCAUGCUUACGCCAACCAGUUAAUUCGAGGGGAGAGUGUUGGGAGUGCCAAGGACUCCUCCUCCUCCACCUCCUCCCUCCUCCAGGCCAGUCAGCAGCCUGGUUUCCGUUCACAGCCCAGUCUGGACCGAAGGGAAGCUUCUUCGGACAGAGUGGUUGGAGGACCCAGUGGGGAGAGGAAAGAGGUUGGUGGAGGCGGCAUUCCUGGCUACUCCCUGGGUGGCCGCUCAUACCCCUCCUUCUCGGACCCCACUGUACUUUCAGGAGUGGCAUUCCGAUCUUCCAGCUCUACACACACUUCUGCAGGCACUACCCAUGUCUCCGAGGCAACCACCACCUCAACGAGCUUCAAAAGCUUGGCCAAUCAGACGCCCCCGCCUCACCACCCUUCUCGUAAUGGCAACCUGUCCUAUGACAGUUUACUGGCAAGGGAAGAUGACUUUGAUAAAGGGGGAGUGACUGGUCCAGUAGCCCUGGAGCCUACUGCUGGGAGACCCUGCACACCAGCAACACCCUUCUUGUCCCAACAGAGAGAGGUUGACCUGCCCUCCCAGUCUCCCCAUCACCAUCACCACUCCUCUCACCACCACCACCACCACCCCUUUCUUCAUCGAUCCUCCUCCUCCACCUCUUCUUCCCCUCCACUUCCCCCAGAAAGAGACCGUCUUCUAGGAGAACCCCAUACAGCCCCUCACGUCCCAUCUGCCAAUCAAACCUCUGCUGCUCUACCUUCCUCAGCCCCACCUCCCCCACACCAUCACCACCAUCAUUACCACCAUCACCACUCCCAUCAUCAUCACCACCACUCCUCGUCCUCACGCCCUCCCCGCUUUACUGCCCCUCGUGCCCCACCCCACCAUGCCUACCCUUAUCGCACCCGCUCCACAGACACACCACUGGGCUCCUCUUCCGACAGUACUGACCGCUCACCUCUCUCCGCACACCCCCCGCCACUGGGCAAGUCACUUUCUUAUUCGAGUGCUGCAGCUGCUGAAAUGCAGUACCGAUUGGUCCGCAAGGCCUCUGCGUCAGCUGGAGCAAAUGCGGCUGGUGUAGGAGGAGGAGGAGAAGGUGGAGGGAUGGGAGGAGGAUCAAUACAAGCACCAAAAGGUGAGCUGAUACAGAUGAAACCUCUGAGUCGGACCAAUGGUGCCCAGCCUUUCUCUUCCUCCUCCUGUUCUACCCCUUCCUCCCCUUCCCACCUGGUCUCCUCACCCAGUAGACCUGGAGCAGACCAUAUGAGCCCGCCAAUGACACUAAGUCCUUUUCACACGCCUCAGGGCAGUGGAGUAAAGAAGGUGACUGGAGUUGGGGGAACCACCUAUGAGAUUUCUGUAUGAUUCCCAGCUUGUCUCCUGUUCAGUCUAUGUGGGCAAUUUGAAAGCUCCUGUUUGGAUCUUGGAUCUCAUUGACCGUUUGCCUAAGCAAUCUAACUGGGUUGUCCUGGCCCUACCUGUCUUCAGUAGCUCUGCAGAUGAACUGACCAGAUGGCCUGUGAAGCCAUGCAUUUGAUUAAAAAGAAAACAUUUAGCUCAUUCUGGGGUUUUCAUCUUUUCUGAGGCCUCACUGGGGUAGAAGGCUUUAUAUUCAGGGCGGACCACAGCAGUGCAGAAACCUCAUGCUGCCGGGGUUUGGAGCUGGAUCCAUUCUUGAAUAGAAUAUGCCUCUAUGCCUCUAGAAUAGAUUUUUAAGUGUAGCUUUUCCUAAGGUUCAGAUGAGCACUUUGUACUGAAAUUGUGUUCAGAUCAAAUUUGGCUUUUCUAUUUUUAUAAAAUCUCUGGUUAUCGUUAAGAUUAAUGAUGAGUGAUGGAACCCUGUGCAGACAGUAGAACCUCAUCAAAGCGAAAUCUGUUGUGAUGGAACUAUGGGAAGUUAAUGUGUGAUCAAUCAGACUCUUAUUGGCUGAAUCUUCCUUGGUAACGGCUGGCUGUGUGAAUGCAGUGGACCAAAAGCAAGAAGCUUGUGUUGCCACUUGCAGCCUGAUGCAUGAAAUGGAUAAUGUGAUCCUUGUAACCCGUGGCCCAGCCCCUAGAGGUCAUCAUCUCCUGCAGUCGCAUGAACUGCAGGAUGAACUUGGAACAAUCUGCCAGCAACAUGAAUUACAGGGAACUCUUCUCUCCAGAUUGCUGCACAAUGCGACAUGAUGGUGAAAGGAAGAUUUAGCAUUGGAAAACAGCAGUGCUGAUUGCCAGUCUUUUGCUAUUUUAUUGAUUUACUCGAUGUAAAUUUAAUUCCAUGUCUGUACAGGAUGAUGUGAUUUUUAAAUGUGGAUUUCUUUGUGUAAAACGCAGUGUUCUUGGCAGACUGGAGCAUGGACUGCUUGCACGAUCCACCGUAGGCUGCUGUAUCAGGCCGAGGAACAUAUUGACUGAACAAACACACAGUCAGCAAACUAAAGUGAAUAUGGAAACUACCGUAUUUUCCGCACUAUAAGGCGCACCGGAUUAUAAGGCGCACCUUCAAUGAAUGGACUAUUUUAGAACUUUUUUCAUAUAUAGGGCGCACCGGAUUAUAAGGCGCAUAGAAUAGAAGCUA